AGGAGUAGGAGAAGGGGGCCGGUCAAGGGAAGUGCGACGUGUCUGAGGAGCCUUUUUAUACCUCCUUCCCUGGAGCCCGGCAGCCACCUCCGCCAUCCGCGUCCCUGCGCCCUGGAUCUGGGCUCCGCCACAGCCACAGCAUGUCGGGGGUCAAGAAGCAGAAGACGGACCAGCAGAAAUCCACCAACGUGGUCUACCAGGCCCAUCAUGUGAGCAGGAACAAAAGAGGACAGGUGGUUGGCACCAAGGGAGGAUUCCGAGGAUGCACCGUGUGGCUAACAGGUCUCUCGGGCGCUGGGAAAACAACCAUCAGUUUCGCUUUGGAAGAGUACCUUGUCUCCCACGCCAUCCCGUGUUACUCCCUGGAUGGGGACAAUGUCCGUCAUGGCCUCAACAAGAACCUGGGAUUCUCUCCCGGAGACCGCGAAGAGAACAUCCGCCGGAUUGCGGAGGUGGCCAAGCUCUUUGCUGACGCAGGCCUGAUCUGCAUCACCAGCUUCAUUUCCCCGUUCACAAAGGAUCGCGAGAAUGCCCGCAAAAUCCACGAACUAGCAGGACUCCCGUUCUUUGAGAUCUUUGUAGACGCGCCUCUCAAUAUCUGCGAGAGCCGGGAUGUGAAGGGACUUUACAAACGGGCUCGAGCUGGAGAGAUUAAAGGGUUUACAGGCAUCGAUUCUGAUUAUGAGAAACCUGAAACUCCAGAGUGUGUGCUGAAGACCAACUUGUCUUCAGUUAGUGACUGUGUGCAGCAGGUGGUGGAGCUUCUGCAAGAGCAGAACAUUGUACCCCACACCACCAUCAAGGGCAUCCAUGAACUCUUUGUGCCAGAAAACAAGAUUGAUCAGGUCCGAGCUGAGGCCGAGACUCUCCCGGCAUUAUCAAUUACCAAGCUGGAUCUGCAGUGGGUGCAGAUUCUGAGUGAAGGCUGGGCCACGCCCCUCAAAGGUUUUAUGCGUGAGAAGGAGUACCUGCAAAUUAUUCACUUCGACACUCUACUGGACGGCAUGACCCACCGUGACGGAGUCAUCAACAUGAGCAUUCCCAUCGUACUGCCUGUUUCUACGGAUGACAAGGCCCGGCUGGAGGGGUGCAGCAAGUUCGCCCUCGUGUAUGAAGGCCGGAGGGUGGCGGUGCUACAAGACCCCGAGUUCUAUGAGCACCGGAAAGAGGAGCGCUGCUCCCGUGUGUGGGGAACAGCCACCGCAAAGCACCCCCAUAUCAAAAUGGUGAUGGAAGGUGGGGACUGGCUCGUCGGUGGAGACCUGCAGGUGCUGGAGAGAAUAAGGUGGGAUGACGGGCUGGACCAGUAUCGCUUGACCCCUCUGGAGCUCAGACAGAAGUGGAAAGACAUGAAUGCCGAUGCCGUGUUUGCCUUCCAGUUGCGCAAUCCUGUCCACAAUGGCCACGCUCUGCUGAUGCAGGACACCCGUCGCAGGCUCCUAGAGAGGGGCUACAAGCACCCGGUCCUCCUGCUGCACCCUCUGGGGGGCUGGACCAAGGAUGACGAUGUGCCUCUGAACUGGAGGAUGAAACAACACGCAGCUGUACUGGAGGAAGGAGUCCUGGACCCAAAAUCAACUAUUGUUGCCAUUUUCCCGUCUCCUAUGUUGUAUGCUGGCCCCACAGAGGUUCAGUGGCAUUGCAGAUGCCGGAUGAUUGCAGGGGCCAAUUUCUACAUCGUGGGCAGGGAUCCUGCAGGAAUGCCCCACCCUGAGACGAAGAAAGACCUAUAUGAACCUACCCAUGGGGGCAAGGUCUUGAGUAUGGCCCCUGGCCUCACCUCUGUGGAAAUCAUUCCAUUCCGAGUGGCUGCGUACAAUAAAACUAAAAAGGCCAUGGACUUUUAUGAUCCAGCAAGGCAUGACGAGUUUGACUUCAUCUCAGGAACGCGGAUGAGGAAGCUCGCCCGGGAAGGAGAAGACCCCCCAGAUGGCUUCAUGGCCCCCAAAGCAUGGAAAGUGUUGACAGAUUAUUACAGGUCUCUGGAGAAGAUCAACUAAGUGUCCCUGGUUCCGGUCUCUCUGAAAUGCUCUUUUACUAACGAUUUUUUUUUCUAUUUUUGUGAUUAAAUGCUUUGUAUCCAAUUGCUCCUCGACGACUAAUUUUAAAAUUAGUAUUUUGUAAUGAGGUUAAAAAGGUGUGCCUAUAAUUUAAAACCAAUUUCAUUAUGUAUAUGAAAGUCACACUGGAAACUAAAUCUUAGGAAAAAAAACAAUAUUAUUAUAAAUUCCAGAAUGAAAGCAGUUGUAGUCUUCUUCAUCCCAGCAGGUAUGUGUCAGAUUUCUUAAAAGAUGUGACCAUGUGUCUAGCUGACGUGCCCAAACAAAAGCAUACUUUCCAGCUUAAUUUUGCCAAGCUGGAACCCUAAUGUUACUUACCAGAAGUAAUAAACCAUACAAACACCCUCUUUUGUACAACUGACAAAAAAAAAAAUCUGUCAUCCUGACGUUUUUUACCUUGUGACUACACAGUCUCACUGCCCAAUGAAUUGAAGAUGCAACUGGAAGAAAUAUAUGUGUGAAGAUGUGAAUUAAAUCUUGAGAAAUAUGCAAGUUCCUUCUGUUGUGAAAAUAACAUAGCCUAGCAGGAAGAGAGGUUCUAAUGGCCUUUGAUGAACAGUAACUCCAGUAUACUGGCACUUUUCAAUGGUGUGGUAUGCUUUGAUGAGAAGAACUCCCCCCAGGGACUAAUUCUCCAUCAGGGAAUAUUGUAGUUAUCGUCAAUGAGGCACCUAUUUGAUUGAAGCUAUAACCAAAAUUAACCCACAGAUUAAUGAGAAGCUGAAACUGUUGGCUUCUGCAGAGAAUAUCCAAACCUCAUCCAUGUGCAGAGAUGAUACAUACAUAAGCUCUGAGAGCUGCUGAGUGCUGCGAUACACAAAAUGGCCAUUAACAAACAGUGCUGACACUCGAGUGCCCAGACCACUACACUCCUAAGCUAGGUCCCUGUCUACAUUAGACAACACAGGAGCUGGUUCGGACUCCUUGAAGCUACUUAACAAAGCUCUCCUUGAGAAUGCUAAAGAGAGACCUUCUUGGAGACGGAAAGGUUCAGGGUAUCCCAAACUCUUAAUGGGACAAGUUUCCAGACUGCGUCUGUUGUGAAACAUCUUCCGAUGGUUUUAUUUUCUAAGAGGUAAUUCUUGUAUUUUAUGCAUGAUUUAUUGUUGCCAAGGAAAACGUAAGAGAAAAAACAUUUUACAUAAAGGUUUCUCUGGAAGAGAUCACAAACUGAAAAAGGAAAACUGUGAUUUUUUUUUUCAUACUGCCAGUUUUUAAAAAACGCUAAUAAAAGCUCUUUUGAGAGUGGGCUACAUGCCGUGACCACAGCAAGGUGAAUGUUCAGCUGCGUGGUGCCUGUGCACACGCCCGUCAGCUACUCGCUGCUGCCGCCACAACUAUGGGUUCACUGAAAACAUGCCAUUGUAGUGCCUUAGCAAAUGAAUAAAGUUUGUGAUUUAAAGACA